AUGCAGGAGUCAAACACCCUCAUAUUUGACGUGCCAGACGCGUUCCAGGUGGAGUCCAUCAUCGGCCAAGGCGCGUACGGGGCGGUCUGCAAGGCUCUCUUCUGCGAUGACCAGAUCGCAGUGAAGAAGAUCCCGCACUACUCGCGCACCGAAGACGCGGCGCGCCGGGUGCUGCGCGAGAUUGAAAUUCUGCAAAACCUUCAGUUCUGCGAGCAGGUAGUUGGCUGCCGCCUUUUCUUCCGACCCAAGAGCGAGGAGAAAGACGUGUACGUGGCGAUGGACUACAUUCCGUCAGACCUGUCGUCUGUCAUCAAGAACGGCGCCAUCACACUCGACGAGAGCGUCGUGCGGUACAUCACGUGCCAACUCCUGCUGGCGCUGCGCGCACUGCACCGCUGCAACGUGCUGCACCGCGACGUGAGCACCCGCAACAUUCUGAUCCACUACAACUCGCAGGUGUUUCUGUGCGACUUCGGGCUCAGCCGCUUCUUGGACCCGGAUGAGCAGCUCAGCUUCGGUGUUGUGACGCAGUGGUACCGCGCCCCGGAGAUCAUCCUCGACGCGGCUUACAGCUACGCGAGCGACGUGUGGAGCGUUGGCGUCAUUCUCGGUGAGCUGCUGCUGCGCCGCCACCUGUUCCCUGGAAAGACGAAUGACUCCGCGAACCAGCUGCAGCUCAUCUUUCACCUGGUUGGCACACCCUCCAAGGAUAUCUUCGACGCUGAUCGCUCCUUCGGCCGCGCCAGCCAGAAUGCCAAGAAUUACGCGCUGGCUUACAUCGAGCACCGCCCGUGUCCGUCUACGCUGGUGAAUCUCUUGUCCACCGCGCCGGCACUGCACCACUCGACUAUCGCAGCGGUGCCACCGCAGGCAGUGCAGCUCGCUCAGCAACUUCUGCGCUUCGACCCAGCUAAGCGACCGAGCGCUGAUGAGGCCCUGCGACACCCGUGGUUUGAUCCGUGCCGCGCCUUCAUUGAUGAGGUGGUGCAGCACCAGGACGUAGAGGAGAUCCCGGUGUUCACGCAGACGCAGAACAUGAACCUGGAAGAGCUAGUCAAGCGCAUCGAGGAGGUGGUGCCGGUCUUCUCUGAGGAUCUGCUCGUGGAGGACGACAGUGCUGCCGCGAACAGUGCUUAG